AUGGCGACUUCUGCUACCUUUCGAAGGCUUCUCAGCAGAAGCUUGCUUUCACAGCAGUCAAGGUGUAUAUUUUUAUGUUUGGACAGCCUUAGCCUGCAGAAUUACAAGGUAAUUGUACUGUUGUUGAAAGGCCAUAUAAAAUCUCAAUUUAUGCGUCCAUCUAGUACUCAGACUUUGCAUAAAACAG